ACAACCACACCAUCCACCCCAACCCCUCCAACCACCACAACCCCUCCAAGCACCACAACCUUGACAACCACCAUAAUCACGUGCCCUCCAGUUUACAUGCCGACCUGUGUCUAUGGUUCAAGCCUUGUGUCUGUCUACGAUGAUAAUGGCUGCAGAUUUUUUGAGUGCGGCCCCGUCUCCACCCCUCCCACUACUACAGCGCCGACUUCACCUCCUCCCUGCCCUGUACCUGGGUGUAUGCCUGGCUCUAAACUGAUUACUAGCGACUCUGGUGGCCCGUGUCCCGACUACGAGUGUGUACCCAUAUGCCCUCCUGUAGCGAUGCCCCUGUGUCUACCGGGAUAUACUUUAGAAAAACAGGUGGAUGCUAACGGUUGUGAGUCAUAUUCCUGUAAACCGCCCAAUGUUCCCUGCACUAUGCCUGGGUGUAUGCCUGGCUGGAAACUGAUUACUAGCGACUCUGGUGGCCCGUGUCCCGACUACGAGUGUGUACCCGUAUGUCCUCCUGUAAUGAUGCCCACGUGUCUACCGGGAUUUAUUACUGAAAAACAAGUGGACCCCAACGGUUGUGAGUCAUAUACCUGUGAACCGGAUCCAAACUUCAUGCCUUCUACCGGUCUUCCAUGUCCCCCUGUCCCAACUUGUCCUCCGGGAACAUCAAUGGAAACAUUCAACACUGGUGGCCCGUGUUACACCCACGAGUGUGUACCCAUAUGUCCUCCUGUGGCGAUGCCCAACUGUAUAGAGGGGAGUAUUAUGGAAAAGAAAGACUCUGGUGACCCGUGUUACAUCUACGAGUGUGUACCAUGUCCUAUAAUGAUGCCUAGUUGUCGCCCGGGAUAUACUACCUAUGAAGAGAUCAUCAGCGGUUGUGUGUUAUAUACCUGUAUACCGGAAACAAGCUAUACGCCUUCUACCUUACCACCACCAACUACUACUCCUCCUUGCCCCGUACCCCCACCGUGCCCCCCAGGGUCCACGAUGGAAACACAAACGAACAGUGACGGCUGCGUUAUUGAUUAUGAGUGUAUUACGCCAACACCAACGCCAACUCUGCCACCCUCAACAACUCUGCCAUGCCCGCAAAUACAGGUUACGUGCUUCCCGGGCACUGAAUUGGUUAUAAGUUACUCUGAGGGCCCGUGUCCUGUCUACGACUGUAUCCCUAUACCCACACCGUGUCCUGAUGAUGGUAUGCCAAACUGUUUAGAGGGAUAUCUUGCUGUAGAAAGACUACGCCACCCACACCAACCCGGCCAUGUCCACUGAUGACGACGUGCCCCCCAGGCUUUGAAAUAGAAACAAGCUACAACGGCGGUCCCUGUCCAGACUUUGAGUGCGUCCUAGUCGGAUGUCCUUUAGCAGAGGUGCCUGCCUGCAUGUUUGGAGAUCUGAAGUCAGAGCCUGCCUGGGUAAUGAGCCAAAGUGCGAAGAAGGAGAGGAACUGAUUGUUAACGGUCCAGACCUAUGUUUUGACUUUUACUGUGAACCCAUCACUAUCGACCCGGAGGUCAAGAAGGCGGAGGAAAUUUGGGAGACGAAGAAGGAUGCCAUUGAGCAGAUGCUGUGGAAGAUGCUUAUGGACUUAAUCAAGGGAAAUAAAAGAUAAAGAAAGACCUGAAAUACACCCGCUGCCUCAAGACGUCCGCUUCCCAGGAAAUGAUUUAAACCGGUCACCGAAGAAUUGUAACCAUAGAAUGCCUUGGAAAGAACAGCAGUCAACAGCUUCAAAAAAUCAAUAAAACAAAUCAAUGUAUCUUGAACUACCUAAUUAGUUGACUUGUUCACUUUACUUUAAACAUAUUAUGUUUAUUUUUGUAGUAAAUUUUCCAAGUAUAAUUUAUUAUUUUGACCGUUUGUUUUAUUGAUUACGAAAACGAAAAAGGGAUGUUUUGUCUCCUCAGAAAGUAAACGUUCACUUCAAACUUGGUUAUGUUAAUUGAUGGUCUCACAAAAGUUAACGAAAUGGUUCUUUGAGAUGCUUAUAUCAAUAAAAGUAUCAUGAAAAAGU